CUGUUUUAAUUUUUUCUCGUAUUUUAAUAAUGUAUGUUUUUUUUCAUAUGCAGUCAGCACUCUUUAACUUCCAAAGCUUAUUGACUGUUGUCUUAUUGCUCAUUUGCACCUGUGCAUAUGUUAGGUCCCUUGCUCCUAGUCUCCUCGAUCGAAAUAAAGAAGGAUUUCUUGGAAUAUUUUGGAAAUGUGCAAGGAUAGGUGAAAGAAAAAGCCCAUAUGUCAGUGUAUGCUGCAUAGCAAUGGCCUUGACAAUUUUAUUUUGGUCCUGAAACUUUGUGAAAAGAAAUCUCACCAUUGCUGACAGAUUCACCUUUCUACCCAAUGUGUUUUAUAGAAUAUUAUUUUUAUACUAAUGUACCUGUAUAAAAUUAUAUGUAAAUAAUAUAUACACGCCAACUACA